ACACGUUACAUGCAGCAACAGUCAACACCAUUGUUUGUUGUCUCUUCGGCUGGCUCUUUAGCCGCCAUGGCAGCAACGCCGCUUGAGUCUCUUUGAAUCUUAAAUAUCUUUCGUUUCACUCCUUCAUCUAUGUUACGACUUUAAAACAGUACUUUUUCCUUAAGCAACAUCAUAUUCAUUUUCCACUCCUCCCAUUUGGUUGACGAGAAAUUGUAAAUGAAUUCUAGUUCAACCGUUCAUCAUCCCGUUCUUUGAGCAGUUACUUUCCUAUUUCUGGUGUUUUUUCAAGCGGAUAUAUGGCUACUAUUAAUGAGAUUGCAUGUUUUACCUACCUCGGGAUAACUAACGCUGUUUCUCCUAGACGACGUCGUUUGGUUGUUCCUCAGACUUGGUUGAAAUUGAGGAGUCAAUCAUGUUCAAAGGUUCUGGGUGCAGAUUGUAGUCAGAACCCUAGUUUUGUUACUCCGAGGAGGAAUAAAAUCUGGGAAUUUAGAUUGUAUAAUUCUGUUGAAUUGGAUAGGUUUGUGACAAGCGACGAUGAGAAUGAGAUGAGUGAAGGUUUUUUCGAGGCAAUUGAGGAAUUAGAACGAAUGACAAGAGAACCGUCAGAUGUUCUUGAGGAAAUGAAUGAGAGGUUAUCGGAUAGAGAGUUGCAGUUGGUGUUGGUGUACUUUGCGCAAGAAGGGAGGGACUCAUGGUGUGCUUUGGAGGUGUUUGAGUGGCUAAGGAAAGAGAAUAGAGUCGAUAAGGAGACAAUGGAGCUGAUGGUUUCAAUAAUGUGUGGAUGGGUGCAGAAGUUGAUUGGGGCGAAGAGUGAAGCCAGGGAUGUAGUGGACUUGCUGGUGGAUAUGGACUGUGUAGGGUUAAACCCCAAAUUUAGUAUGGUUGAGAAGGUUAUUUCUUUGUAUUGGGACGCAGGUGAGAGGGAGGGAGCUGUGUCUUUUGUGAAGGAAGUGUUGAGGAGGCAGAUUGCAUACUCACAUGGCAAUGGAGAUGGUCAUAAGGCUGGUCCCACUGGUUAUCUUGCCUGGAAAAUGAUGGAGGAGGGGAAUUACAAGGAUGCAGUCAAAUUAGUUAUUGACAUUCGAGAUUCUGGGUUGAAGCCAGAAAUAUACAGCUAUUUGAUUGCAAUGACAGCUGUGGUAAAAGAGCUGAAUGUUUUUGGAAAAGCUUUGCGCAAAUUGAAAGGUUUCGCCAAAACUGGUGUCAUUGCGGAGCUUGAUUUAGAAAAUCUAAGGCUCAUUGAAGAAUAUCAAGCAGAUCUGUUGGCUGAGGGUGUGCGAUUGUCCAAUUGGUUGAUUAGAGAAGGAGGUCCUUCUCUUUUUGGGGUGGUUCAUGAGAGGCUUGUUGCAAUGUAUGUAUGUGCUGGGCGUGGAAUAGAAGCUGAGAGACAUUUGUGGCAAAUGAAGUUAGUUGGCAAGGAAGUCAGCGGAGAUGUUCAUGACAUUGUCUUAGCAAUAUGUGCUUCCCAGAAAGAGCCGGAGCUAGGCUCCAUCUCAAGGUUGCUCACCAGAAUGGAGGCUUCAAGCUCAGUACAGAAAAAGAAAACAUUGUCAUGGCUGUUGAGAGGUUAUAUUAAAGGUGGACAUUUUGAGAAUGCUGCAGAGACAGUAAUUAAGAUGCUUGACUUGGGUCUGUAUCCAGAGUUUUUGGACAGAGCAGCUGUGCUGCAGGGACUAAGGAGAAGAAUUCAACAAUCUGGAAGCUNAACUACUCCACAACUUCCUACGUCGUGA